CAGCAAACACACGGCGCACCGCAAUUUCGUUCGCAAUCAUAACAAAAGCAAAGUUGGAAAGGAAACAAUUUAAACAUUCGACGUGAAACAUGUUACGAAUAACAGCACUGCUGCGAGCGGCCAGCUUUACAGCGCUAGAAUCAAACGGUAACACCAUCGUUCGUGCCUUCACAAAGCGAUUCAUCUGCACAGCACUGCGCCCCGUUCGAUGUGAACUACCGGCAGCGCCAGUCGCCAGUCUUAUCGCAGCAAAACUCCAGCCCCCGCCGACGGUACGACACUACGCCAAGGGCAAGGACAAAAAGAAAGACAAAAAGGGUGCAGCCGCCAAAGUACAGAUCAACGAGGAGCAGCUCGGCGGCCUGAUCGAUCUGGACGGGCUGCGAACGCAGAUGGAAAAGAGCCUCGCCGCCAUGAAGGACGAUUACGUGAAAAAUCUCUCGCUCCGGUCUACCACCGGGUCGAUCGAAACGCUGCGCAUCACGUACGAGGGCAAAGACUAUCAGCUGCAGGAGCUGGGGCAGGUGGUGCGCAAAAAUCCCAAAACGCUCGUCGUCAAUUUGGUGGCCUUCCCGCAAACCAUCCCGGUGGUGCUGCAAGCCAUCCAGCGCAGCGGCAUGAACCUGAACCCGCAGCAGGACGGCACGACGCUGUUCAUUCCCGUGCCGAAGGUGACGCGCGAACAUCGCGAAGGGUUGGCGAAGAACGCCAAGGUGCUGUUCAUCAAGUGCCGCGAUCGCAUCAAGGACGCCCAGAACCAAUCCAUCAAGAAGCUAAAGAAGCAGUCCAACGUCUCCGAGGACGAAGCAUUUCAGGCGCAGGCACAAAUCACCGCCAUUGCGGAUGGGUUUGUCAAGGAGGCAGAAAAGCUGAUGGAGCUCAAGCAGGCGGAACUGCUGGGCGAUAAGUAAGGCAAGCGAGAGUAGAAAUUGUUGUCCCGCCUUCCCUCCCCUACUGCCAAGUCGAAUAAAGCGAAUGAUAGUGAGUUGAUUAAAGCUAA